AAGAAAAUCAGUAUUAGUUGGUACCACUGACGUCAACAAAAGACAGGUCCAGUCCCUCCAAAGAACAGAAUUUGGUGUUCGCCACACAAAUGCUUGCCUCGCUUUUGACAGGGAAAAGCACUGGAGCAGAGGAGCUUGUUCCGUGAAUUCACUCGCCUCGACUGGCACCUGGAAGGUCUUGCAGACACGACCCAAGAAGAUGGAGGACGAGAAGCUUAUCCGGCUCCACGACAUGCUGUCCAAGCUGCGCCCGGGUGGCAAGAAGGGUGGCUUGGGCUUCGCGUCGAUCGGCGGAAGGAAAGGAGCUAAACGCUCGGACGGGCUUCCCAACAACGGGCUGUAUUCCAUGUUCGUGCGCCAGGGCGAGGGCACCUACCAGCACAAACACUGGGAGGAGGACAAGGAAGAUGAGGCCGAGGAGACCGAAGUGAGCGAGAAGAAAGCCAAAAAGGACAAGAAAAACAAGAAGAAAGCUAAGCAAGUCGACAGUAGUGACAACGAGGAGGAACUUUCGAAAAAGGAGAAAAAGCGCCUUAAGAAGGAGAAGAAAGCCAAACGCGCAGCCAAGGAGGCUGCCGCUCAGGCUGAGGCUGAAGCUAAGGAAAAGCCCAAAAAGAAGAGUAAGAAGCGGAAACUCGAGCAGGUCCAGACCGAAGUUGCCGCAGUCGAGGACGACAAGGAGGAGGCAGUCGUCGUCAGUGAAGAGGAGCCCAAGCCAAAGUCCAAAAAGGAUAAGAAGAAACACAAAAAGCACAAAAAGUCCUCAGAGGAGACCACAGCGGAGCCUGCAGCCGAGACAAAAUCCUCAAAGAAAGAUAAGAAGGACAAGAAACACAAGAAGAAGAAAGCCAAGCAGUCCGAGUAGAGUGGACGUUGGGUCGUGCAUUUAGAGGAGAUUAAACUGACAAAAACUCAUGACCUUUGUUUGCAUUGAA